AUGGGAGCAUUUUCCGUAUACGAGGUACGGUUCGGCGAGGGCCCAACCACCCAUCACGGGAUAUUUCUUCAAACCAGCGAGGAUGGGUCUGGCACGCUCUUUGACGUCCGCGGAUCCGUCGGUGCCGGCGGCGGGUUGGUCUUCAAGUCCAGCCCAGAAAGACUCUGUCGGUUCGACUAUACAGCAGCAAGGGGCGCCAUCAGCAAGCAAGACGUGCCCAAGCUCGAAACCAUCUGUGGCAACGUUCCAGCCCCCGGAUCCCAGUAUCCAGCCAGCGGCGGGACUGGACUAGCCGUUCCAAACUGUCGCUGUGUCGAGUGGAACGCCGAGGCCUGGAUGGCGAUUGAGUCCUCUGGCAUCUUGAGGGCAUAG